AUGGAACCGGAGUGUGAAAGCUUCCCAGUAGGGGAGGCAGCGCCCGCAUCCACAUCAUCUCCUUUUAUUUCCACGCAAAUGCCGCCACCGAUGACAUCAGCACCUCAACUUCCAUCAAAUGAAGCCGAGGCGCCUGAAGGGUCGAAACAACAUCUCAGUGGAGGUUUAACUCCGAGGGCAGCUCCAUUCGCCGCCCCGAGACCCUCAUUUUCGAUGGAACCGGAACCGUUGCGAAACCUUAUUGUCAAUUAUUUGCCUCCCAUGAUGGACGAGGACCGGCUUUUCCAACUGUUUGCGCAAUUCGGUCCCAUUGAGAGCGUGAAGAUUAUUUACGACAAGGUUACAAGAGAGAGUCGAGGUUAUGGUUUUGUGAAGUAUAUGUAUUUCUUUAGCGCCACAUAUGCUGUGCAAUGGUUGAAUGGAUACCCCAUUGCAGGGAAACGAUUAAAGGUGGCAUUUGCCAAUGCGGAGGCGGCUAUGGAAAGCUACAAGGCCAUGAGUGCAUCCGCCAUGAUGUUUACAAUGCAACAGCAGGCUGCUAUGCAAAAUAUCUUCCAGCGGCAGAUGUUUCUCGCACAGCAGCAGCAGCAGCAGCAGAAUUAA